GGAAUGAGCCAAAAAAAGGAAGUCGACUUGGUAGUAAUUUGCUGAUUUCCUAUUAAUAAUUUUUUCGCCAUUUUCAGACUUUCACGUGUGAGCUCCCACUGGUGUGUUCCUAUCCCAGUUCGCUUUUAUCGAAAAGCGUUAUCGGAUGAAUAGUGUGGAGAUAUGAAUCGACUUUCGCACAAGCACAUAUUAUCCAUUACUUCAUAUAAUGAAAAUGCCUCUCUUUCUUUGUUAUUAUUAUUCUCAACAACUUAUCUUCACUUUGGAAAACCAUGAUUUUGAUACUUCUCCUUCCAAGUUGCUUUCAAAUGAUUUCUUCUGAAUAGUUCAAAUCAAUAUGCAAUAUGUUAUUGCAAAAUUUAGCCUUGAAAAAGGGCAAAGAAGCGGCUGGUCAUAACAUUCAAUCAUUGACAAAGCAUGGGAACUAUUUUGUCCAAAGUAGUGAUAGAAGACGUGCAUAUACCUCGAAUCAAUCUGCAGCCGAUAAAGUGAGGGAAGAAUUGGCAAAGGAAACUUGUGAAAAGCUCUCCAGUCAACACCAAGCCAAGAAGAAGGCCAAAGCUAUUGAUAGAGACUUCUUUCUAUCGGUUCUUGGUUCUUCCGCAACAAAACGCGAAGCUCGCUCUUACAUUCAAAACUUCAAACCUCUAAAUACUUCUCCCGCAAAGCCGAUAUCCCAAGAACCUGUCCACAAGAACACAAAUGAGAAUGGCGCAAACUUGGGAAGCAUUUAUACAGCAACAAGGGCCGUGGCAGAAAGUCCAAAGUUUGUGCAACAACCAGCAGUCUCACAAUCCACACUGGGGGGCUCCAUAUUACAUGUUGCUCUAGUGAAAGUUAGAGCUCCACAACUGCUAGAUGACGAAACAUUGAAUGGGAUUGGGAAAACUUUAUCAAAACUGUGUAGACUUGGACUGAUCAGUACUGUGGUGGUGGAUUGCGAGGAUGGAACCGAUACCCACCUGAAGGUAUCUGAAUGCGAAUGGAGGAAUCGGAUUAAAGAGCAAGCAGCUCGUGUUGUGACUGCCAUUGAUGCUAGUGGGACAGAAGCACGUCUAGUGGACAAUGUGAUAGGAAUUGCGGAAGAUGGAUCCGAUGUCAAGCAACAGCCAUAUCUGAAAGGCGGGGUACAUGUCACAUUUAGGGAGCUGUUGAUGACGCCAUUAAGACGAGGAGUACUCCCUGUACUACCUUCAAUAGGGCAUACGGACGCUACCCAAACUGCAGUAUCAAUCACCGCUAGUGAUGUAGUCCUGGCGUUGACCCGAGAAUUUGCUGGGUUUCGAUCUCCGCAAUCACCGGAUGAACAUCCUAAUGUUGUCAAAGAGCACUUACAAGCCUUACAAAAUGAGGUAUCGCUUGAUCGUCUAAUUUUGAUUGAUCCUCUUGGGGGCAUUCCAGCUUCGGACCGCAGAAAUGGCUACCACGUUUUUCUGAAUAUGGAACAAGAAUAUGAGCAAGCGAAGCAAGAUCUCAUUAAAACAGGCGGAUUGUAUAGCGAAACAUCCAGUCGGUCAACACGUGCAGAAGCAGACUCGAACUUUAAUCUUCGCGAUGAUAUCCCCCUUUCCAGCUUUACCGAACAAAAAUCUGGCGAGCUUGAAUAUUCACCCCGACACCAAAAUGAUUCACCUACACAACAAGAUCAAAGAAUGAAAUUUCAUUUGGAUAAUUUGGAACUAGUUCGAAGUGCUUUGGCCAUAUUACCUCCUAGUUCUUCUGCUUUGGUAACCACACCUGAUGAAGCCGCGAAUUCCGGAAAACAACACGAGUUUAAGGCCGCUGGAGUUGGUACACGACGACAACGAAAUCCAUUGAUUCACAACCUUCUUACCGACAAGCCAGCGUUUUCUUCGUCCCUUCCUGCUGGAAGGUUGGGACCACUGGAUAAGAACGAACCAAUAACCCCAUCAACUAAAUUGGCCCCAGCCACUUUUGCAAAACAUGGAAUGCCAGUGACCAUUUUUCCCGAUCCAAAGACCACCCCUUGGCAACCACCUAUCGCUGGCGUUCCACAGAUAAGCUUAACCGAUCCUCAGAUUGAUCUACCUCGCCUGGUACAUUUGAUCGAGGACUCCUUCAAUAAGAAAUUGGACGUUCAGGAUUAUUUAAGGCGUGUAAAUAAUCGUAUAGCUGGAGUCAUUAUUGCAGGCGAAUACGAAGGGGGGGCAUUAUUGACGUGGGAACUACCACCAGGUGUUCCAGACGAUGGAAGUGAAGAAAGUCGUAAGCGAAUGGUGCCAUAUCUUGACAAAUUUGCCGUCUUGAAGAGAAGCCAGGGAUCGGGCGGUGUUGCAGAUGUGGUUUUUAAAUCUAUGGUGAGAGAUUGUUUUCCUGGUGGUGUUUGUUGGAGAAGUCGCAAGGAUAAUCCAGUAAACAAAUGGUAUUUUGAACGCAGCAGAGCAACGUUAAAACUGAUGGAUACGAAUUGGACGAUGUUUUUUACGACGCCGGAAGAAAAUAUGGAUCAGCAAACAUUCCAAGACUAUGAAGCUGUUUGCAAGACCAUUGAACCUUCUUGGGCGGAUAAACAGGGAGUUCAGGAUUGAACUCUGUACUCAGUGUGGGAGGAAAUGGAAAAUGCGGAGCUUGAUACACUCAUGAGGUACCUAUGAACCAGACCAGGAUGCGUCUUGCAAUCGCCAAAACACCACGAAUACUUUGGAAGCGGACAUGAGUUUCGGCAAAGUGCUUGAUACACUACAUCAUCCCAGCCUAGAUGGUAAGAGUAAUUUUGUACACGGAGGUAAAGAUCGUUAUGUGAUCGGCACCACACUUAUCAAACAUAUCAUUCCAUUAUUCUUGGACGUUGAGUGCCCCGAGUGGUUUUGGACCACUAUUUGGGCUGGUGAAGCGAGCUGGUAAUUAGUUGAGGGGUGAGCCGGGCGUUGGUGGAUGCUGUCAGAGCGGGAGGUGAUAUACACACACAACUGGUUCAGGAUUACGCUAUCCGAAGGUCGUUGUGGAUCUAUGUAGCUGCAUUUGAAGAUACCCUCGAACAUCAAUAACUACCGGUACCAUAUAUUUGGCUCAUAAGAUCAAACCUCGCCGUCAUGAUUUUCACAGCAAGUGAGAGUUGCCUUUGAAUACCAAUGAAUAAUGUGAUAUAGCACGCGGUAAACAGACCUUCGGGUACAAUAUGAAUAGAACUGGUCAUACUCCGUACAUAGUGAAUGAUUAUUCCAAAUUUGCCUUGUA